AUGUCUUUCUUCAUCAACAGUUAUUCUUACAUUUCUAUAGUUAUUAUUAAGUCUUUCUUUUCAUUUAAUUUUCUCUUUUCUUUCUUUAACUUCCGCAUACAUCAAUUUGAAACGCCUGUUCCCACCAAAAUAGUGUAUUUCUUUCCUUCCGCUCCUUCUGUUUUUAUUUUUUAUUUUUUUUCCUCUCUUAUUUUCUUUUUUCGCUGUUUGUCUUUUUAUCCUUUUCUUUCUUAUUCACUUCUCCUCUCUUUCUCGGCGCUUCUUCCUUUCGCCUCCCUCUUUCUUUUGCUUCUCUUCUCUUCUUUCCUUCUUUCUUUCUUUCUUUCUUUCUUUCUUUCUUAUGUUCUUUCGCUUCUUUUUCUUUCGUUUCUAUUUUUUCCUUCUCUACUUUUUUCUUUCAUCUUUCUUUCGCUUUUAUUAUCUUUCUUCUUUCUUUUGUUUCUCUUCUUUCUUUUGCUCUUCUCCUUUUUCUAUUUUUUCUUUCUUUCGCAUCUCUUCUUUCUUUUGCUUCUCUUCUUUCUCACUUUCUGUCCCUUAUCUCCUUUCUUUCACAUCCACUUUUCGUUUAAUUCUCUUCUUUCUUUCACUCCCUUUUUCUUUCACUACGUUUUCUUUUUCUUUUGCAUCUCUUCUUUUUCUUUCGCUUUUCUUCUGUCUCUCCUUUCUUUCAAUUCCCUAAUCUUUUUCUCUCCAUUUUCUUUCGCUUCUUCUAUUUUUUCUGUGAUUUCUUCUCAUCUUUCUUCAUAUUUCUUCUCUUUUUAUUCUCUACUUUUACUUAUUUUCUCUUUGUUAUCGUUUCUUCUUCUUCUUCCUCUUCUUCUUCUUCUUCUUCCUCCUCCUCUUCUUCUUCUUCUUCUUCCCUUCUUCUUCUUCUUCUUCCGAGUCUUCUUCUUCUUCUUCUUCUUCUUCUUCUUCUUCUUCUUCUUCCGAGUCUUUCUUACAAUACUUCAUUAUUUUUUCGUUUUUUAUCGCGGCUUUCUUCAUCCUUUUCAUUAUUUCUAUCUAUCUUAUUGCUUAUUCUUUUCAUUCUUCUUUCGUCUUUUUUCUUUUCUUCAUUUCUUUCUUUCUUCCUUCCUUCUUUUUUCUUUCUUUUACUUCUUUUUUUUUACUUUACUUACAUUUAAUUCUUUUCUUUUCUUUUUCUUCAUCUUCUAUAUUUGCUCUUUUUCUGAUUCCCCUCCUUUUUCUUCUCUUCUUUUUCUUUUCCUCUCAUUUCUUUUCGUCUUCUUUGACUUUAUUCAUAAUUUUCCUUACUUCUUUGAAUUUUAUUUUGCAGACUCAAUCAACCGGAAGAAUCGUCAGCUUUUGUUAUCUUUAGAGGUAAGUUUGAACCACAAUAUGCGUCCAAUUCAUAUUAUAAUUGAAUAA